AUGAUUGGAGAUAAACCCUGGCCUGAAGUGCCAAUUGGAAACAAGGACCAUGCCAACGCAGCAGUGGUGAUUAUAGGUGCCGGCAUAUCAGCCAUCGAUCUCAUCAAACAGAACAACUGCAAAAACUUCAUCAUCCUCGAAAAGAGCAGUGGCGUUGGCGGAACAUGGCACGACAACAAGUACCCUGGUGCCUGCUGUGAUGUAUGGUCUCAACUAUAUUCCUACUCCUUUGCACAAAACAGCGACUGGACUCGCGAAUAUCCUGGCCAGGAAGAGAUCCUCUCCUACCUGAUGGGUGUAGCACAGCAAUAUAACCUCUACCAACAUGUGCGCUUCAACACGACAGUCGAAAACGCAACUUGGGAUGACGAAGCAAAGAAAUGGCGUAUCCAUGUCAGCACUGCAAAGGGAAGCAAAGAUGCAGAGUUUAACCCCGAAUACGAUAUCAAUGCCGAUNUUUUGGUUAGUGCGGUGGGACAAUUGAAUGUGCCCAAGUGGCCGGAUAUCCCUGGGAUCAAGGAGUUUAAGGGCAAACUCAUUCAUUCUGCUCGUUGGGAUUGGAGUUAUGAUCUCAAGGAUAAGAGGAUUGCCGUUGUUGGAAAUGGUAAACUACAGNGUGCCACAGCCGUCCAGAUUAUUCCGGAGAUUGCAAAAGUGGCUAGUAAAGUUGGCAUAUAUCAACGAACACCCAACUGGUUGAUACCUCGCCAGGAUGCUCCCAUCCCAUCCUGGACAAGAAGCCUGUUCAGAUAUGUCCCUCCACUCAUGUGGCGAAAGCGAGCACUGCAAAUGGACUUUCGCGAAUCCUUCUAUCAAAUCGUCGGGGACACAACAUCCAGCGGCGCAGACGAGAUCCGCAGAUUCAACAAAGACAUGCUGAACGCCGCAUUCCCUGAUGAUCCCGAGAUGCAGAAAAAACUACUCCCAAGCUACAAUCCAGGUUGCAAGCGUAUCAUCAUUAGUGAUGACUAUUAUCCUACUCUUGCACUCCCUCACGUCUCACUUAUCACCGACAAGAUCUCUUCCAUCACUGCAACUGGCAUCGAGACUGAAGGAAAAGAAGCCAAUGACUACGAUCUCAUUGUCCUGGCCACCGGUUUCGAGACUCUGGACUUUAUGUACCCAAUCGAGAUGCGCGGAUACAAUGGCACUCCCCUCAGUAAAGUCUGGUCUCACGGCGCGAAAGCCCUCUACGGCAUUACCGUCUCAAAAAUGCCCAACUUUUCGAUGUUGUAUGGUCCCAACACCAAUCUCGGCCACAAUAGUAUCAUCCUGAUGAUUGAAGCCCAAUCACGCUACAUCAAUGCUAUAAUCGCUCCUGUCCUGCAAGCUCGCAAACAAGGCAAGAAUUUAUCCAUCCGCCCCAAUGAUCAACGCAUGGAUCAAUACAACGAGCAACUCCAAUCCGAUCUCUCUGCCUCCGCAUUCGCAGACCCAAACUGCAAUUCCUGGUACAAAACAACCGAAGGCCUCAUCACCAACAACUGGAGCAAAAAUGUUGUAGACUAUCAAAAUAUGAUUGCUGAGGUGCAAUGGAGUGAUUAUGAGAUUGAGGGUGAUGGGAAACAGGUUUUGGGGCAAAAGGAAAAGACGAAGAUUGGUAGAGUCAAAGAGNAGACGAUUGUUGCCAGUAAUGGGGUUUUGGGGGCUGUAGGCGUUGUGUCUGUUGCUUGUGUUGUUGCAGCUGGGUGGUUUGCGGGAGGGGGAGGGGUUGGGAGGGUUGAGGGUUAG